AAGGAGCCAGUCGCAAGAAAGGUCUUUUUGUCAUAGGCGUCGCAACCGCUCCUUUCUUGCUUGCAAAGCUGGAGAAGCGGGAGCGCGCAUGUAGCUUGGGGGAGUCGUUCCGAGGUCCCGUCAUGUAUUACAAAUUCGGCGGCUUCACGCAGAGGCUGGUUGGAGCCGGCGUUCCUGCUGCCUACUCCCCCCAGGGAUUCAAGCCAGUAGUAUCUGUGGAGUCUCCAGCUGUGAUAUUUGAUACCCCAAUUAAAGUUGCCCCAGACUCACAAAACAAAGUUGGGGGUUUGGUUAAGAACAAAGUACCAGAACUGCAGAAAUUAUUUCAGAGACCUGAUAAUAUUCCAGUACAUCUGAAACGAAGUGUUCCCGAUCGACUUCUUUACCGGACCACUAUGGCAUUAACAAUAGGAGGGGCCAUCUACUGUCUGAUAGCUCUCUAUAUGGCCACCAGUCCCAAAAGAGAGAAAUGAAUAAUGUAUGUCCAGAAAGAUUGUCAUCUAUCUUUGCUCUGAAAAGAAAGACUCACACUUAACCUUCUGCUGUUAUACUGAAGUCAUAUGAUUAAUAUAUUGCAUAUUCUUGGGUUUCAUAUUAAGUUAAAGACAAACAUAGAGUAAUUUAAGGAAUUUAGAGUAAAAUCACUACCAUGGUGGAGAAAGUGAUUAUCACCUAUGUAGUUUUGCAGAUUCCUUUGCACAACUACCAACAAAUAAAACUCAUGUAGAAUGGUUACCUUGAGGAACUUCCUAACAAUAAGGUGUGAUAACUUGAUGGUUGAUGCAGUAAGAGAGAGAAAGAUCAGAAUCUGACACUGAAGAUGUUACCAUCUGCUGAAAUUUUGGAUGUAAUUUUUGUGGAAUCAGAUUUGAUAAAGAACUAUUUUGUUCUAACCUACCACAGAACAAAAUUAUUCUGUUCAGAAUAACUGCACACUUCAUUAAUUCUGCUUCUGUCUUGCACAUUUCUUAGAAAGAGUGUUGCAUUUAAGGUUCUGGGCAGCAGAUUAAUUCCACAAUGGUUCCCUAUCACUUUGGAAAUACUUUUGUUUCAACAUUGGAAUAAGUACAUAAAAAUAAAUAAUUUAUUCCUGCAAA